ACCAUCUCUCAUCUCCCAUCGGCGCUGAUGAUUGUUGACCUAAAGCUGUUGAGCCAAUCAGUGUCCUUUUGUUUUGCUCCGAACUUUCUCAUCAGGACGCGCAGUGUGAUUUUGCGCGCUCAAUUUUUUAGAACCGAAUUGCGGAUCGGACCGGACCGAACAUUGAAAAAAAAAAGAUGAACACCAAACGUAAACCCUUCCAGAAGCCGGCGGAGACUUCCGGUUUCCCAAAAAAGAUGCGCCCUGGUGGCGACGAUGAUGAGGAGGAGUUCGAGAGUUACUUCGAGGCCGAGUUGGCCGGGAUGGACGCUGAGGAAGGCGCCGAUCAGGCAUUGAUCGGUCAGGGUCCGGAAGCGGAGAAUACCUGUGCCAAAUGGAGUCGUCCGCAGCCUAGGGAUUACGAUCCGGAAGUGGAUGCGUUGAUAUUUCAACAGGUUGAUAUCGACAACUAUAUUGGGCAACCUUUGCCGGGCAUGCCGGGGGCCCAGAUUGGACCAGUUCCGGUGAUGCGAAUGUUUGGGAUUACACAGGAAGGAAACUCGGUGUGUGCCCAUGUGCACGGGUUCACGCCGUAUCUGUACAUAGCUGCUCCGAAGAACUUUGAAAAGCGACAUUUGGGAGAGUUUCGACAGGCGCUGGACAAGGCGGUGUUGAAUGACAUGAGAUCGAAUAAGGAGAACGUGCAGGAGGCGGUUUUAGACGUUGAGAUGGUUGAGAGGCAGUCCAUCAUGGGGUACAACGGGGAGGAUAAGUUUUGGUUCAUAAAGAUUACGAUGGCUUUACCGCGAUUGUUGGCGGCCGCCAAGCGCUUGAUGGAAAGGGAAAUCAUCAUGGAGUCGAUGAAUUUCCAGGACUGUCGAGUGUACGAAAGCAACAUUGAUUUUGAUAUCCGUUUUAUGGUCGAUACAGGGGUGGUUGGAUGCAGUUGGAUUGAAUGUCCGACGGGGACAUGGAGGAUGAGGAAAAAAGGAGGAACUCCGGCCCCUGAAACGCGUUGCCAGAUCGAGAUAGAUGUGGCCUACAACAGGUUUAUUGCUCAUGAACCGGAAGGCGAAUGGAGCAAAGUGGCUCCUUUAAGGAUUCUCAGUUUCGAUAUUGAAUGUGCUGGCAGGAAGGGCAUUUUUCCGGAACCGCAGCAUGAUCCAGUAAUUCAGAUCGCUAACAUGGUAAUCCGUCAGGGAGAUCAGGAACCGUUUCUGAGGAAUGUGUUCACUUUGAAGUCUUGUGCACCGAUUGUUGGUUCGCAGGUUUUGAGCUAUGACUCUGAACAGCAACUGUUGGACAAAUGGGCAUCGUUUGUGCGAGAACUGGAUCCAGAUAUUCUAACGGGAUACAACAUCAACAAUUUCGACAUACCCUAUCUGCUGAAUCGGGCCAGCCAUUUGAAGGUUAAAAAUUUUGAAUAUCUUGGCAGAGUUACGAAUAUAAGAUCAGUCAUUAAAGAAACCGUCAUUCAAUCCAAACAAAUGGGUCGUCGAGAGAAUAAAUCCGUAAAUUUUGAAGGUCGUGUCCCGUUUGAUUUGUUGUUUGUUCUGUUGCGAGAUUACAAACUACGUUCUUAUACGCUGAACGCUGUGAGUUACCACUUUUUGCAGGAACAAAAGGAAGAUGUCCAUCACAGUAUUAUUACGGAUCUGCAGAAUGAAAGUGAGCAAACACGAAGACGAUUGGCCAUGUAUUGUUUGAAGGACGCCUAUCUACCUCUUCGUCUGUUGAACAAGUUGAUGUGUAUCGUAAACUACAUGGAAAUGGCUCGUGUAACGGGCGUUCCACUGUCAUGUCUUUUGACGCGAGGUCAGCAGAUCAAAGUUAUGAGUCAGCUGCUCAGAAAAUCGAAAGCUUCCGGUUAUCUGAUCCCUUCCUAUCAAAGCUCCGGUUCCGACGAACAAUACGAGGGUGCCACGGUUAUCGAACCGAAGCGUGGCUACUAUGCGGAUCCUAUUUCUACCCUCGAUUUUGCCUCCCUAUAUCCCAGUAUCAUGAUGGCUCACAAUCUUUGCUACACGACUCUCCUGCAGCCAGGAACUAAAGACAAAUUAGGUCUCACAGACGAUCAGAUCACCCGUACACCAGCCAACAAUACCUUCGUAAAGUCUUCGGUAAGAAAAGGACUCCUGCCGGAAAUUCUUGAAUCGCUUCUGGGCGCUCGUAAACGAGCCAAAGCUGAUUUGAAAGUCGAAUCCGAUCCUUUCAAACGCUCGGUCUUGGAUGGUCGUCAGCUAGCUCUGAAGAUAUCUGCCAAUUCCGUGUACGGUUUCACGGGAGCCCAAGUUGGAAAGCUACCAUGUCUGGAGAUUUCCGGAUCCGUAACGGCCUACGGCAGAACUAUGAUUGAACAAACCAAACAGGAGGUCGAGCAGAAAUACACUGUAGAAAAUGGAUAUGAAAACGAUGCAGUUGUUAUUUAUGGUGAUACCGAUUCCGUGAUGGUUAAUUUCGGCGUAAAAUCUCUGGAACGCAGCAUGGAACUUGGUCGUGAGGCGGCUGAAUACGUAAGCGCCAAAUUCGUUAAACCCAUUAAACUAGAAUUCGAAAAAGUGUACUAUCCCUACUUACUUAUCAAUAAGAAACGUUACGCGGGCUUAUACUUCACCCGUGCCGAUAAAUACGACAAAAUGGACUGCAAGGGUAUCGAAACUGUCCGUCGAGAUAACUCCCCGCUUGUGGCCAAUCUCAUGAACUCCUGUUUGCAGAAACUUCUCAUCGAUCGCAACCCAGACGGUGCAGUAGAACACGCCAAACAAGUUAUCGCCGAUCUGCUCUGUAAUCGCAUAGACAUUUCCCAGCUGGUCAUUACCAAAGAACUGGCAAAAGCCGAUUACGCCGCCAAGCAAGCUCACGUGGAACUGGCCGCCAAAAUGAAGAAGCGCGAUCCUGGCAGCGCCCCAAAACUUGGAGAUCGUGUCCCUUACGUCAUCAUUACUGCAGCCAAAAACACCCCCGCUUACAUGAAAGCCGAAGACCCAAUUUACGUUCUGGAAAACUGUGUCCCAAUCGAUGCCAACUACUAUCUCGAGAAUCAACUUUCAAAACCUCUACUUAGAAUCUUCGAACCCAUUCUCGGCGAAAAAGCUGAAUCCAUCCUCCUAAGAGGAGACCACACCCGUACCCGUUCCGUCGUUACGUCAAAAGUUGGAGCCCUAGCAGCCUUCACCAAGAAACGGGACGCCUGCCUCGGCUGUAAGGCCCUGCUACCGGCCAACUACGAAGGUCAAGCGCUCUGUCAGCACUGCAAACCGAAGGAGGCGAAUCUGUACCAGCACGAGCUGGAAACCCAGCGGAGUCUGGAGGAGCGCUUCUGUCGCCUGUGGACCCAGUGUCAGCGCUGUCAGGGUUCGCUGCACGAGGAAGUCAUCUGCACCAGCCGGGAUUGUCCGAUUUUCUAUAUGCGCACCAAAAUUAAGAUGGAACUGGACACCCAGGAGAAGCGGGUCGCCCGAUUCGGGGUACCCUCGUGGUAGAGGACUGAUUUGUUUUUGUCGGUGAAUUUCGCGUUAAUAUAAAAUAGUUUUUG